UUGAGCGGACAGUGCGAAAUUUGCAUCUACAGAAGAUUGUUUAGUCAGUAUGCUGCUCAAAUUGGUUGUUUUGAAUUUUUUGUUAUUUUUAACUUCUCUACAAUUUUGCGAAAGUGGAAAUAUGCCUGACGAUGACUCGGAAACCAAUCCACUGUCAAUCACCUGCAUGAAAUGUAUUUGCAAGGUGAUGGGCUGCAUAAAGGACGAAGGGUGCGUAAACAACGUGUGCGGCGUGAUGCACAUCACGCAGGGCUACUGGGAGGCGGCCCACGACAAGGAGAGCGACCCAGCUAAUCUUGAAGCGUUCCAGAAAUGCAGUAACAACGUAUGGUGCGCGACUCGCACGGUGCAGAGAUUUAUGAAACGACGUUUGCCGGCCUGCGAAGCAAAACGACCCGACCGCCAGCGCUGCGAGAAUGCUCUGGCCCUACACAAGUUCGGGUCGAGCCGUUGCGACCGCAACCUGACCGCCAACACCGAACGCAAGUUCCUCGGCUGCCUGGCCGAUAAGGUGUGGAAGUGGCUGGAGGACGACUUGACUGACUAGGACUUCAAUAUAGCAUUGUUGACCUUGGGUGGUAGGUUGAGGAUGAAUCGCUUAAUUUUCUCUCCUUUCUAAGAUCCUGAUAUUGUGAAAUGUUUAGUAAUGAAAUCAGUUUUUAUCAGAAAUUAGUUAACACUAUCCAGUUGGAUAUGAAAGAGUGUCAGCUAUGCUGGCGAAACUCAACUAUUUUUUUACCUUAACUCUAUAACAGCAACCCGCAUAAGCACCAUUUUCUAACAAAAUACUUUAAAGCAGAAUGUCUGUAUUCAAAAGACGUAACAUUGUUAUCACACAGAAAAAGUUGUAACAUUCCUUUCAUAAUACAAACACUAUUCAAUAUUUUCAAAGCUUUUCAAUAUUGAAACUCUGUAAGUCCUCUCAAGCAAAUCAAAGAAAUAAAUAAACUACAAAGCAAGA